UAAUAUUCUUGUAGACUUCUCACAUUUUGUGGUCCUGCACCAUGUUACUCAGAGUACCUCCUUGUUGAUUCCCUGAAAUCGCUAGUAGUAUUUGUUCAUCUCUAUCUAUAUAUAACAACACCACGAGGUGUAGUGCUUGAGAAUUGGUCUACACCUAUAACGAAGAAAACAAAAAAUAUCGGUGAGAGAGAGUAAAAGUGUCUGAGCAAGUGAUCGAAGAUGGAAAUUAUGCCACCAGGUUAUCGUUUCUACCCCACAGAAGAAGAGCUGAUUUCGUUCUAUCUUCAUAAUAAACUCGAAGGAGAAAGAGAGGACAUGAAUCGUGUGAUUCCGGUGGUUGAUAUCUACGACUACAACCCCUCCCAACUCCCACAAAUCUCUGGAGAGGCGAGUCUGAGAGACACGGAACAAUGGUUCUUUUUCAUUCCGAGGCAAGAGAGCGAAGCUCGAGGAGGAAGACCAAAACGUCUCACGACCACAGGGUACUGGAAAGCAACAGGGUCUCCGAAUCAUGUUUAUUCUUCGGAUAAUCGAAUCAUAGGCAUUAAAAGGACUAUGGUUUUCUACAGUGGAAGAGCUCCAAACGGAGCCAAAACCGAUUGGAAGAUGAACGAGUAUACCGCCAUCAAAGGUGAACAACCAUCACAGUUGCAGUUAAGGAAGGAAUUCAGUUUAUGCAGAGUGUACAAAAAAUCGAAGUGUUUGCGUGCAUUUGAUAGAAGACCACCACCGAGGAGGAACACGGUGAGGCAUUCGAUUGCUGAAAAUGGUGAAGAGCAAGAAAAGGGUUCGACCUCAACGUGUUAUGAUUAUCAUCAGCAUCAAAUGUUGGAGAGAAGUGCAACAUGUUCGCCGGAGAGUUCUUCCUCCGGAGACCUUGACCAUGACCGACCCAUCCUGCACGGCGAGGGAGGAACGCAAAUGGAUGUCGACAAUGACAACGACAACGACCCUUUUUUGGAUUGGGAGAGAGUGGAUUUGUUCUUGGGAUCCGAAUCAUGAAGGGUUUUUCAAUUGUGUGUGCGAUCUAUCUAGUAUCUAUGCCUUGCUGCUACAACAAAGUUGACUCAGCUACAACAAAAAAGGCUUGUUUAUGUUAAUUAUUACAAAUGUUGCAGAACCACUACUUUAUUUUUAUUUUUUUACGUUCUUGUUGCUUUUUCUGUAUAGAUGUGUAGUGACUAAUUUAAACUGUCACAAACUCUUCGUUCUGUGAUCAAUCGAACCAUCUCUUCAUCAUGCAAA